AUGAAGGCGCAGCUUGAGCAACAGCUGAGUGAGGUGAGCGAGAGCAGGACCCAGCUUGAGCAACAGCUGAGUGAGGUGAGCGAGAGCAAGACACAGCUUGAGCAACAACUGAGUGAGGUGAGCGAGAGCCAGGAAGGCGCGACGCAGGAAGCCAACGCACGCAUCGCUGAGCUUGAGCAACAACUGAAUGAAGUGAGCGAGAGCAAGACCCAGCUUGAGCAACAGCUGAGUGAGGUGAGCGAGAGCAGGACGCAGCUUGAGCAACAGCUGAGUGAGGUGAGCGAGAGCCAGGAAGGCGCGACGCAGGAAGCCAACACACGCAUCGCUGAGCUUGAGCAACAACUGAAUGAGGCGAGCGAGAGCAGGACCCAGCUUGAGCAACAGCUGAGUGAGGUGAGCGAGAGCAGGACCCAGCUUGAGCAACAGCUGAGUGAGGUGAGCGAGAGCAAGACCCACCUUGAGCAACAGCUGAGUGAGGUGAGCGAGAGCAGGACCCAGCUUGAGCAACAGCUGAGUGAGGUGAGCGAGAGCAGGACGCAGCUUGUGCAACAGCUGAGUGAGGCGAGCGAGAGCAAGACCCAGCUUGAGCAACAGCUGAAUGAGGUGAGCGAGAGCAGGACGCAGCUUGAGCAACAGCUGAGUGAGGUGAGCGAGAGCCAGGAAGGCGCGACGCAGGAAGCCAACGCACGCAUCGCUGAGCUUGAGCAACAACUGAAUGAGGUGAGCGAGAGCAGGACGCAGCUUGAGCAACAGCUGAAUGAAGUGAGCGAGAGCAAGACCCACCUUGAGCAACAGCUGAAUGAGGUGAGCGAGAGCAAGACCCACCUUGAGCAACAACUGAAUGAAGUGAGCGAGAGCAAGACCCAGCUUGAGCAACAGCUGAGUGAGGUGAGCGAGAGCAGGACGCAGCUUGAGCAACAGCUGAGUGAGGUGAGCGAGAGCAGGACCCAGCUUGAGCAACAGCUGAGUGAGGUGAGCGAGAGCAGGACCCAGCUUGAGCAACAGCUGAAUGAGGUGAGCGAGAGCAGGACGCAGCUUGAGCAACAGCUGAGUGAGGUGAGCGAGAGCCAGGAAGGCGCGACGCAGGAAGCCAACACACGCAUCGCUGAGCUUGAGCAACAACUGAAUGAGGUGAGCGAGAGCCAGGAAGGCGCGACGCAGGAAGCCAACACACGCAUCGCUGAGCUUGAGCAACAACUGAAUGAGGUGAGCGAGAGCAGGACCCAGCUUGAGCAACAGCUGAAUGAGGUGAGCGAGAGCAGGACCCAGCUUGAGCAACAGCUGAACGCGUCUUCUCAGGCGAACGAGUCUGCACUUCAACAGAAGUACGAUCGUCUUCUUGCCAAGGCGCGGCAGCUCAAGGAGCGGUGGACUGCAGCGCAACAGGAGGUGGCAGCCGAACGCGAGCGCACCAAACAGCUCAGUGGUGAAUUACAACAAUUGCGUGACAACAGGGCCGCACAGGACAAGGCGGCCGGAGCACGCAUGGAUGAGCUCGAACAACACCUUGCCACAGCAUCUGCAAAGUGUGACGAGCUUCAACUGCAGCUUGAGCAGGAGCGCGCCGACCACGCAGUGUCCGCACAGGCGAUGCAAGAGGACAUGGACACGCAUGCGAAACGCGCCGAUUCCGCAGAGGCUGCUGCGACCGAGAAGGAAGAGCAACUGGUGGCCGCGCAAACGCGCUUGGCUGCUGUGGAGGAAGAAGCUGACUCGCUGCGUGUGCAGGUUGAGACGGCACAGCAACACGCGGCGGAGAGCGACCAGAGUGUGGCGUUGUCUGCACGAGUGGACGAACUGACGUCGUUGCUUGCAAGCAGAGAGGCUGAACUGCAAGAAGCGCACGUGCGGUUUACGAAGUUGCGUGCAAAGGCAAAGUCGCUGGUGGCUGGCGCGAAGAAGGCAGAGGCCCUGGAGCAGGAUGUGCAGGUGCUGCGCGGUGAGCUUGAUGCGGCAGCGGCGGACACACGCACGGCGCAAGAAGCGCACGAGGAGGCCAUGACGUGCUUGCAGGCAGAGCUUGAGGGCAUCAAAGAGCAACUUGCGAAAGCGGAAGCGGAGAAGCAGCACGUUUGCGAGAAGAGAGACGCACUGCAGACGGAAGUGGAAAGGUUGUCGGCGGCGGUGGAUGAGAUGAAGGCGGCCCUGAGUGAGGUCGAGAGUGGAUCGCAGAGCCAGCUGGAGGAAGCAAGGAGCGAGGCAGCGAGCUUGCGGGAACAGCUUGGCGAGGUCAACGCAAGGCUUGCGACGCUGCAGGAACAAGUAGAAGGCGAAGAUCUGGAGAGAGACGCAGCGAGGCGGGAAGCCGACGAAGCGACAGAAGCCCUUGAGCGCGUGCGAGCGGAAAUGGAGGAUUGGAAGCAAGUGGCCGAGCAGCGCACAGCAGAGUUGCAGCGUGCCCAUGAAUCGUUCACGAAACUGAAGCAGCGGGCGAAACGUGUGACGAAGGAGCGCAACGACCUUCAAGCAGCGCUUGAUGAUGCAAGACAGCAUGCCGAGAACGCAGGGGCAACAGCACGGGGUGAAGUGGAGGAGCUCACAGCGCGUGUGGAGCAGCUGGUGAAGGAGAAGGAGGAGGUGCAAGCGCGUGCAGACGAGCGGAAGCAGGAGCUGCUUGAAGAGAUGCAGGCGUUGCGCGAGGAAAUGGAGAUCCUUCAAUCUGAAACUGAAGAGUUGUCGGCGACGGCACGGGAGGCGAAGGAGCGGGAGGGGGAAGCAAAAUCGCGCGUGGAGAUGCUGGAGGAGGAAGGGCGCGCAGUGAGACAGCAGCUUUUGGAGGCGAAGGUGGACGCGGAUGAACUUCAGAAGGAGUUUGAGGAGGAGACGGAGCAGCUGCAGGCGGCGCUGGAAGCAAGCGAGAAAACAUGUGCGGACAUGAAGCAGAAGUACAGCAACGUCGACCUGGUGCUGGAGGAGCUGCGGACAACGGUGACGCAGCUUGAGGUUGAGAAGGACGAGCGUGAGAAGGAGUGGGAGGUGGAGCGGGCGCAGCUGGCAGCGGCAGCUGAUGAGUCAUCCGCAGCCGCGAGCGAUGUGCAGGAGCAAGUGGCGGCGCUUGAAGCGAAGACGAAAGCGCUGUCGACGGAGAAUGAUGACUUGAAGAGAGUAAUUCAAGCGAAACGGGCGAAGAUUAUGGCGUUGGAACGGGAUUUGGUACAGUUUCAGGAGCAGCUGAAACUUGAGCGAGAGCGGUUUGCUGCGUCCGCUGCAGCUGCGUCGGCGCUGGCACACGAGGAGGAGAUGGAGGCGGUUCGGCGAGACUUGAAGGUCAUCAGAGAGCACGCGGAAGAUCAGCACCGACGGGCCGAUAACGAGAAGGACAUGCGCUUACACGAGCAGGAGAAGCACGACGCGAAGCUGGCUGAGAUGCAGCGGUGGCACGACGAAAAACUGGCAGCGCUGAGGCAGGAGGUGGCCACGCUACAAGAACAGCUCUCAGCUGCGAAGCAACAACAGGCGCCGCAACGGGCCGAACAGGAAGAAGCCGCACAAGCAACCGCCACCUCUUCAUCAAAACCAGCACCACCGCCGACAGCACAUGCUGAUGGCUCUGCGGUCGACAUCGAUUACCUUCGCAAUGUCGUGUAUCAGUACAUGAUGGGAAUCCACGCAGACGAGGUUGCGCACAUCAUUGCGUCUGUCCUCGAGUUUUCGCCCGAGCAGCGGCGGGAUCUCUUUGCGGACGAGGACGACAACAGCGAUGACGACGAUGCCAGUGGUGGUGAUGGCGAUGGCCACGACGCCGCAACGAGUGGCCGCAGAACGGCGGAUGAACUGUUUGGUGCGCUGUCAUCACUGCAAUCCCGCGUGCAGAACGCGAGCAAGCCGUUCUUGGCCAACUUGACGACGUCGCUCGGCUUUCUUGCCCAGCAGCAGCAACAGCAGGAACGUCAAGAAGAACAGGGAGGAGAGAGGGCAGAAGAGGAAGAACACCAUCAACAGCACAAGCAAUAGCCAGCACAGGCCAAGGCCGGCGAGCACCGGGUCUGUGUGCGCGCGUGUGUGUGUGUGUGUAUGUUGACGUGUUCGUGGCACGCAUGUUUGUGUGUGCAUGUUCUCACAUUGACAUUGUUCGUCUGAGUCGACUAGCUCUUUGUACAAAUGCGUUUACCGUGUUCGUUAGCAACAACAAUAGAGAGACAGACCAGUGUUCGCUCAAACUGACCAGUGGUUAUGUAUCAGG